AUGCGUGACAGAUAUGAACCAGUAUCAAAUUUUGAUUUUCCGUCACUUGUUAACGUGGAUGCAGUUGGAGAGACUGAUGAUACAGAAUUGAUUACCAGUCAUUCUAUGAACAAUGAAGAUGAUUCUUUCAGGAAAACUAUAACUUUUCAUGAUUUAUUCCACAAUGUACAAUUCUCUCAUAGACAUCGAUUAUACAUAGGGAUAGUUACAGGCACAAGCUGCACCACAAUUAUGCUUAUGAUUGCACUGUCUUUUGGUUUUGGUAAAGUUUUAUUCGAUACUUUUGCCCAAGAAGAAAAAUUACGACAUGGACUCAAAAUGAUACCGAAUUUAUGGUCGAAACCGACUAAUGUAUUUUACUUCAGUGUGCGCAAUGGGACUGCCAACAGAGAGUACGUGCAAGAGAUUGAUGACUACAUUGCAAAGUACAUGGAAUACCAGGAAAAGAUCAAGAAUUACUUGAAAAACUGUACAGUAAAAGAUCGCAGGGAUGAAGGUCAGUGGUGCUCAUUCGAUAUUCGUCAAGCACUUGGUUCAGAAUGUUCUAAGGCAUCCAAUUACGGCUAUAAUUCCGGGAAUCCUUGCAUACUGUUCGCUUUUGAAAAUUAUUUAGGAUGGAAGCCAAAUAUGAAAAGCGAAGUCGAUUAUCUGCCUUUUUCUUGCCGCUUGGUAAGCCAGUAUAUUCACUUUUUGCUACUAAUGAGAUAAUU